UCGUCUCGUGUGCCGUAUUCAGCGCUCGAGCGCCUGUUCGCGCUCCAGAGCGUCCGGUGUGAUCACGUCGAAACUGGUCGAAACGCGCUUGGCGCUCCAUUCCCACGUUCACGUCCUUCUGGUAUCGUCGUGCAUCGGUCUCGCGGCAGCAGUCCGCGUCCCAGUCGCCUACGUCGUAACCGUCGGAAGCGUCGAUCGGGGUGGCCACGACGAGUGCUCCGCCAGAGCAGUCCGUAGCAGUCAAAGGAGCAGUGGCGUAAUCGCGAGGAGGUGUCGCGGUGUGCGUGACGACAACGGUUUUUGGACGCACAGUGACUCGCGCGCGCGGACGCAGCGCGGCGGAAGAGCAUCGACAGGAACGAUACAGGCGUGCAUGCGAUGUUAGCCGCUCGUCGGCCGAACAGAAUUCGCGCGACGUGUUGCACCGUUUCCCCUUCCCCGCGCGCGCGCGUCUCCACGCCACGCCGAUGCAAGUUGGACGAUCGCCCCGUUGGACUACGAUAAAUCACGAGACAUUUAGAUAUUAAGUCGUAAGCGGUAGCGCGCGCACGCACCCCAUCAUGUUCUGGACGAAUAAUUACGUGUCGUCGCCGCAUAUCGAGGCAUUGCUCAACAAGGAGGAUGUCACCCUGCAAGAGUUGAUGGAUGAGGAGGACAUCCUGCAAGAAUGCAAGAGCCAAAACAAAAAGCUGGUUGAAUAUCUCACGAGGCCUGCUGUUAUGGAAGAAUUAGUUACAUUAACCACUAAAGAGCCAUCCAUGGACAUCGAAGAACGUUGGCGCUACAAAUAUCCCAAUGUUGCCUGCGAGUUGCUCACAUGUGAUGUGCCUACAUUGAAUGAGAAACUGGCAGGUGACGAGGCACUUUUGGCCAAAUUAUAUUCUUUCAUAGAUACAGAUCAGCCAUUAAAUCCACUACUUGCGUCAUUUUUCAGUAAAACUAUUGGAGUGCUUGUCGCUCGUAAAAGUGAUCAGAAUUGGUAUUCCUAUCAGUUCACAUGCUUACAGGUUUUAGAAUUCCUUAAAAGUCGUCAAAGAUGUGUAGAUCUCCUGUUGCAACAUUUAGAGACUUCGGCUAUCAUGGACUUAGUGCUCAAACUUGUUACUCAGGUUGAGGGCAGUGAUAUGCGUCAAAACAUAUUAAAUUGGCUAGAUAGUCAACAUUUAGUCCAAAGACUGGUAAAAUUAUUAGCACCUACUUCAGAAGUAGCCAAACAUGCUAACGCGGCACAAUUACUUUGCGAUAUGGUGACGGUAGCUAGAGAAACUCAACGUACCUCUACGGAGCGUACUGAUCCAGAUCCUAUUUUAAAUACCUUAGAAUCAGGAGAAACUGUGAGCCUAUUACUAGAAACUAUUCUAACAACAGAAAAGAUGGAGAGUAGUAUUGUUGGUGGAAUACAAGUGCUUUUGGUACUUUUAGGACAAAGAGUCUGCAAUACAUCUAAUGAAGGAGAUGGUAUAAUACAUGGUAAUAGUGAAGACACUGCAGAUAAUGAGCAGUGUAUUAAAAUUUCAAAUGCUAUUUUACCAUAUUUGGAGCAUCUUCACAAACUCCUUCUUGACCCACCAUAUAAACCUGCCGUUAAAACAACUGUUGGACUAUUAGAAUGUCCAUUGGGAAACACUCGUUUGCACGUAGCAAAGUUGUUAAGCGCGUUAUUGGCGACAGAGAAUUUUAAGGUCCGCGAACAUUUAGAAUUUUUGGGAGCAUUCCAAACAUUGUUGGAUCUGUUUUUCAAAUAUACGUGGAAUAAUUUCUUACAUACGCAAGUACAACAGUGCCUAGCCUUAGCAAUUAAUUUCGGACGGGAUGAUACUGAUAUUUAUAAUAAUAUAUUUAUCAAGUGCAAAUUAAUAGAAAGAAUCUUAGAAGCAUGGGAUAAAAACGAGAGUAAACAAAACAAAGAAAAUGGUGUUCGCCAAGGUUACAUGGGACAUUUAAUAAAUAUCGCGAACAAUAUUGUUACCCAAUGCGAAAGAAAUAAUAUACUGGCCAGCUUCUUAAAGAAUAAUUUAUCACCCGAGUGUCUUACUAAAUGGGAAGAUCUUGUGAGCGUACAAUUGGUGGAGAUUAAUAAAAUUCAUGAAACUGUAAUGAUGGGUGAUCAGACUCCAGUGUACCUGAUAAGCUCCGAGGAAAAUCCAAACGAGUUCAACUCUUACUCGCAAGAGACAUAUAUUCAACAGAUGUACUCCAAUUAUCAGGGUCAACAAAUAACGCCUCCAUUCAUCGAGAAUUUCGGAUUUCACGACGAUGAGUUUAACGAUGGUGAUGAUGCGCUUCAUAAUCCAGUUGACAACCAAUUAACAACGUUGGCCUUUACUCUCAGUGAAGAAGAUCUCGACAAGCGAGAAGAUAUGUUCAAUAAGCUGUGCCAACAAAAGCAAAAAGCCGGGCUCGAGGAUUGCGGCAGUGGCCUAGAAUGGGGAGAUGAGGGCGAGCUGACGUUCCAGACCGUGGUGGACAAACGAGAUUGGCACUCGAAACAACAGCAUCAGGAUUCGAGUUCUUCGGAUGAAGAUGACGAGGAACCACGCGACAUGCAUAUGGAGGUCGACACGACUGAUCGUUAUGCAAUUUCAGCUUGGGACACUACGGAACCGCUGAGCACUGGCACUAUACUUCCGCCGGUCAAUCCAUGGGACGUUGUACCAUCGGAACCAGUAGAAUCUACUGGGUGGGCCAAUUUUGAAAAUUUUGAGAAUACCUUAUGUAUAGAAAACACUACAAUGAGCGAGGAGAAAAAGCUGUGCAAUGAGCUUAAAGAAAAAGCAUCAGAAGCAAUGGACGCAAAUUUGACAGAAAAGGAUACGUCUUCUAGCGAAAGUGUUGGAGAUGGCACCGAAAAGUGCAAAGACAGUCAAGUAGUCGAUACGGAAUUGCCAACUGCAGAAACUAAUCCCAACGACAGCAAAAGUGACGAGCGCAAAAUGAUCUCCGCAAAUGAGAAUAUCAAUCCUAGCGAGUUACCAGUCAACAGAAAUGUUAAGAGCACGGAGGAGAUCAAAACCGAAAAGGACGUGAAGAAUGUGGAAAAUGGAAAGUCGUCAAUUGAAUAUCAAGUUCCAGAUGCUUCGUCGGAAAGCACAUCCACUGACACCGUACCGGUGUCUAAAGAUGAUAGCACAUCCACUGACGCCGUACCGGUAUCUAAAGACGAUAGCACAUCCACUGACACUGUACCGGUGUCUAAAGACGAUAGCACAUCCACUGACGUCGUACCCAUGUCUAAAGACGAUAAAUGAAACGUUCCUCCAUGCCUAUGUUAAAUGAUCAAAUGGCAAUAGGAAGAGAAAAUCAUAUCAGUAUCGAGUCGUAUGCGAACGAUCGGAAGCAUAUAUUGCGCCUUCUCUAUUUUUCAUUAGAUACCACGUUAAUUAUGCUUUAAGAAAACGUUGAUGCUGGGCACAUUAUGGUUCCGCUGCAGGGUAUUCUCUUUGAAUAAAUCCGGAAUGCCGAAACAAAAUGAUCGACGCUCAACUACACUUAGCGAAUAAUUUGAUGUUUAUUACAUAUAGGUAUAUCCCAUCCCCUUUCUACCCCAUCCUUCGACUGGCCAACAUCUACAAGUAAAACCCUGUGAAAAUCAAGUCCUCCCUCUAUCCCAUAUAUUUUACGAUUAUUGUUAAGAGUUUCGUAAAUUGUUAUUUAUACGUAACUGAUAACUGAUUUUUAGUAAAGUAAAAGGGGAGUGGAGAGAUUAAAUCGCAAGAUUGCGAUUUUUAUGCGAUUUACAUAGACAAUUUGUAAAGAGAGAGAGAGAGAGAAAGAGAAAGAAAGAAAAAGACAAAGGAUAAAUCUCGCAUCCGCUUGCUCCACUCGCGACAUUUAAUUUUUCACACGUACACGCACGCACACAUACACAGAUACAUACAUGGGACAUUUACUAUAUGUUUAUAUAUUAAAGAAGAGCGGAUGAGAAACAUAAGAAAAGAGAGUUAUUGUAACGCUGUUUAAUAUUAUAUAAGACCGGUAUUUCACAAACUGGUGCUUUUGCUUAUUCCUUCGAUAAGGCAAAGGUACUUAGGUGCAGUGCCUACUGUUUAACUGAAUGUACGUUAGUUCAACGAUGCGAUACGAGUAGAAAAAAAGAGGGGGGAGAGAGAGAGAGAUAAUUGAGAGUAUUUUUAUUACCUUUUGUCAUAAUCGGUCAAAAUUUAUACAUGAUAUCGUGUUAAUCGAGCUCCCGAUCAACUUGCGCGCUUAUUUGCAUUCCGAAAUAAUAACAAAACAAAAAUUUAUACGUACCUUUAAGCGACCGUCUUUCAUCAAGAUCUUCCAGAAGUGAAAUAAAUUACAAAAACCAACGUCAAAGUGUUGCCGCGCAUGCUUCGAUCGAGCUGUCUUAUGUACACCCGUCGUUCUUCGAAGAGAUUAUUCUGUAAAUUAUGUUACCUAAUUGUUCCGCGACUUUCUUCUGCCUCGCAGAUUUUGCAGCAGCAAUGUGUUUAUAGCGUUGUACACGAGAUAUUGUUCAUAAUGAAAUGAAAGAAAAAAAAAACUAAUAAAACAUUGUUCUAAAUCC